AUGCCGAUCUGCAACCUUUUCUCGCCGUCGUCCACGUCAUCAUCUUCCAGGUCCAGCUCCACGAAAGCCUGGAUCAUUCACGGCCUGGCGGUUGGGGCGGCGGCCUUGGCGGCGCUCGGUGCCCAUGCCUACUUGUACUAUCGACGAUCCGGUAAGUUCCGGAGCCGGGUCGUCGGAAUUAUACCCGCCAGAUUUGCUUCGUCUCGCUUCCAGGGAAAGCCUCUGGUUCAAAUUCUCGGCAAGCCCAUGAUCCAAAGAACAUGGGAAAGAGCGAAAAUGGCAGCGACAUUGAAUCACGUAGUUGUGGCAACUGACGAUGAUAAGAUUGCCGAGUGUUGUAGAGGAUUCGGUGCCGAUGUGGUAAUGACAGCAGAAUCAUGUCGAAAUGGAACCGAGCGGUGCAAUGAAGCUCUUCAGAAGCUCAGUAAGAAAUAUGAUGUUGUUGUCAAUAUUCAAGGGGAUGAGCCGCUCAUAGAACCCGAAAUCAUAGAUGGCAUUGUCAAAGCUCUCCAGGCCUCUCCAGAUGCAGUCUUUAGCACAGCCGUUACUUCUCUAAAACCCGAAGAUGCUUUUGAUCCUAAUCGUGUCAAAUGUGUGGUAGAUAACCGUGGCUAUGCGAUUUAUUUCUCGAGAGGUCUUAUACCAUUUAACAAGUCUGGAAAAGUGAACCCUCAGUUUCCAUAUUUACUUCAUCUGGGGAUUCAGAGCUUUGACUCGAAGUUUCUCAAGAUAUACCCUGAGCUCCCGCCAACUCCACUGCAGCUCGAAGAAGAUCUGGAACAGCUAAAGGUCCUUGAAAAUGGAUAUAAAAUGAAGGUUAUAAAAGUCGAUCACGAGGCCCAUGGUGUUGAUGUUCCUGAAGACGUAGAUAAAAUAGAGCGGUACAUGCGUGAAAGGAACCUGCACUAG